AUCAUUCUUCAAGAACGGGUGUUUUUGACGACUCGCCGGGGCUGUGUAUUUAAAUGUUGCUGGUGAUGUUGCUAGUUUGCUAAAGGCUAUCUUAGAGAGCAAAGCGGUAGGAUAUCCAGACUAGCCGCUCGUGUGCUAUCGGUUGCUCGGAUUAAGGAGUUGCCCGGCAGUGGUCCGGCUUGAGCCCAUCCAAAGAUCUGACCAACAACAUUUUUUAGAUACCAAACCCUUCUCAUAACCUUUCUGCUGCUUCUCAAACUCUGGACUUCUCGCUGCUCUGGCCCUGCAACAUGAAGAUUUUCUACAGUGUCAAUGAUGGCUGACAAGAAUCUUCAGAAGAUGCUCCCAAGUGGCCUUGUGGAUACAAUAACUGUUUUUGGAUCUCUUUUUUUAUGACUAAAACUGGUCGUGUACUGUUGGAUCUGUCCCAGUAAAACCUGCCUUCUCAUCAGGCAAGGACCUGCAACUCUUUGACUGGAGUGAAGAAACUCACAACAACGAUCCCCCUCUUUAGCAGACACAGCUUACUUUAGCUACAGUGUGCUUGGUACAUUUUAAUAGUGAUACCUUUCCUCUGUCUUGUGAGAUCAGUUUCCCUCCCCCCUCCUUAAAACGUUCUCCUUUGUUAUUAUUGGAGUCUGUCUGUGAUUUGCAUGGCUGGAGACUAACCGUGGAGAGGCCAGGGUAUCACAAGCUUAUGGAUUUUGAUAAGAGAGGGGGCAAGGGAGAGACAGAGGAAGGGAAAAAGAUGUCCAAGACAACAGGCAGCAGGACUGGGGGCAGGAGUUCAGGGACCAACUCUGGAGUUCUUAUGGUUGGUCCAAACUUUCGUGUGGGUAAAAAAAUCGGCUGUGGAAACUUUGGAGAGCUGCGGCUGGGAAAAAACCUCUAUACUAAUGAAUAUGUGGCCAUCAAAUUGGAACCCAUAAAGUCCAGGGCACCACAGCUCCAUUUGGAAUAUAGGUUUUACAAACAGUUGGGAAAUUCAGAGGGAAUCCCUCAGGUGUACUACUUUGGUCCUUGUGGGAAAUACAAUGCCAUGGUCCUGGAACUGCUUGGGCCAAGUCUAGAAGACCUGUUUGACCUUUGUGACCGCACCUUCUCCCUCAAGACCGUCCUCAUGAUAGCCAUACAGCUGAUAACGCGGAUGGAGUACGUUCACACAAAGAGUCUGAUCUACAGGGAUGUGAAGCCAGAGAAUUUUCUGGUGGGGCGGCCGGGCAGCAAGAGGCAGCACACCAUCCACAUCAUUGACUUUGGUCUUGCCAAAGAAUAUAUAGACCCUGAGACCAAAAAACACAUCCCCUACCGGGAGCACAAGAGUUUGACUGGAACAGCACGUUAUAUGAGCAUUAACACGCACCUGGGGAAGGAGCAAAGCAGAAGGGAUGAUUUGGAGGCACUGGGUCACAUGUUCAUGUACUUCCUCAGAGGCAGCCUCCCAUGGCAGGGCCUGAAGGCCGACACUUUGAAGGAGAGGUAUCAGAAGAUUGGAGACACCAAACGAGCAACGCCAAUCGAAGUUCUUUGUGAAGGCUUCCCUGAAGAGAUGGCCACCUAUCUGCGCUACGUUAGGAGGCUUGACUUCUUCGAGAAGCCUGAUUAUGAGUAUUUACGGAAACUCUUCACUGAUCUGUUUGACCGGAGCGGACACGUGUUUGAUUAUGAAUACGACUGGGUUGGGAAAUCUCUUCCCACGCCGAUAGGCCAAAUCCCCAGUGACACACCCCAGCCACCCAGAGACAAAACAUCGCAUCCGACCAAAAACCAGUCGCCUGAGCCCAAAGGAAGUGAGUCUCAGCCCACUCCAGUGACCAAUAAGGAGACUCUGGGGUCGCACCUCACAGCUGAGCGGCUGGGGGGCUCUGUUCAGGUGAUGAGCUCAACAAAUGGCGAGUUAAACACAGACGAUCCCACAGCUGGACACUCCAACGCUCCCAUCACUGCUCCCACUGAGGUGGAAGUGGCCGAGGAAACAAAGUGCUGUUGUUUCUUCAAAAGGAGAAAGAGGAAAGCUCUCCAGAGGCACAAGUAAAAGAAGAUCAGAGAGAACUUGAAACAUUGUGGUCACUGUCAAGUUUUAAAUGGAAGCAACUACACGCACACACACGCACACACACAAACCCUAUUCCUUUUCCUGUUCCAGUUGUCCCCUCACCUUUCCUCCCCUCCCACCACCAUCCCCACAUCACUUCUCCAGCUCUCUCAUUUUCAGUGCUGUGGCCGAAUUGAAGGAAUGUUGCAGUCCUACUGACAACACAACAGACUCCUGAUUCCUUUAGACCAGAAUAGACCUAUCUGCUUUACAACAUUGGGGCGCGAGGAAAAGUACAAAAGCUGUAACAAUGAAACUGAAACAGUGGAGUGAAAAAACAACAACAAUGGGGUUGUAUUACAGAUGACAUUUGAACAUGUAUUCUUUGAACAGUCAGUUAAUCAGGGGAAACCAUUCAAGUAAAAGAAAUCUGUUCAGUAGGAAAUUGUUAAUUUUCUUUUCUUUGGUGUGUUUUAUUUUGGGGGUGGGAGUCAAGGUAAAGAGGAAAAAGGUGAAAAAUGCUGAUGUUUAACAAAAGAGACACAGGAAGCAUUUCAUCUGUAAAACAGAAUUCAGAAAGUUUUCGUUUCUUUCUUUUUUUCUUUUAUAAGUAAAACCUUGGUUUUUUUGAAGUCGAGUCCCUGCAUUGAAAGUUUAUUUUUAUGUUGUAGUGUUCUGAGUUCAAUUCUUUCCUCAUUUUGACUUUCUUUUCAUCUGUCGAUGUGGUCUUUGUAGCACAGUCACUGGCCUCAGGUACUGUGGAAAAACGAGAAGCAGAUGUUAGGCUCUUAUUGCACUUUUGAAAGAAAACCAAUUUCAGUGGAGACCUUUUGGGUUUGAAAUUAACCAUAAAAAAAACAACUUAAUAAAGACUGAUCCAGGAUGAGUCCUUCAGAACGCUUAUACUUGAGUUAUGGCUGAAAAAUCUUAAUUUCAGUGGGGGGAAAAAACAACAAAAAAAGUCUUCUGAUUUUACAUUUAACAUCAAAAUAAUUUACCAGGAAAUCAUAGUUUGUGCCUUUUUUAAAGUAACAAUAUUGAAAACACAAGCGAGUAUUCCGCAUUGAUAAUUUCUAUAAUCGGACAAAUGCUUACUGGAUUUAAUUUGUGUGUCUGAGAGUGUGCAUGUGGACGUUUGCUCAUCUGAAAGUGCAGUGUGACCGUGCUGUACACACAACCUGCUUUGCCACUUAUGCGUCUUCCUCUCUGGCCGCUUUCUUUUUGGUACUGGUGUGUGCGCGCCCUCCGCCACCUCCAAAACUACAACGGACAAAACUCAAAUCGCUGUAAACAUGGAUGUCGCUGGACAGACAAGCAGCUAUAGCUGGGAUAAUUGCCCUUCUGAUUCUUAUUGGAGUCUUCAAGAUCAUGAAAAAGGCAAUUUAAAAAAAUAUAUAUAUAUUUCUGUCCAUCUGUUAACACACAGUUUCCUUGAUUUUUUUUUUAUUUUUUAUUUAAAGAUGUAUUUUCUCUGUCUGCUUAUUGUUCCCGAUGCUUAAGCUUCCACAAAACAUUGACUGCCAUCAUCCCUAAGCCAUAGCCAAGUACUUUUAUUUUUUUUAAAUUUUCUUAGCAAAAUAUCUGAUUUCCCAAACAUGCAACUAGGUGGAGUUGUGAUAUUCAAGUUGUGCUUUUUCAACAACAAAAAAACCUGCUUUCAAGAUUAUGGGUGGAAUUUUAUGAGACGUUUGGAUUUGCAGUUAUUAAUUUAGAGAAUUCACAGGAGUAAUUCUGAAGUCUCUCUUUACGUAAAAUUCACAAAUUCAAAAUCUAUAUACUUUAAGCAAAAGUUUGUAUUUUGAAUGUUUUUUUUUUUUUUUACUUGCCAUCAAAAGUCUUUAGGCGACUCCAAAAACUGAGAGCUGUCGCGACUCUUUUUCAUGUCUUGUUUUAACAAAUGGAUUUGUUUUUGCUUGCUUGCUUUUGAAAGAGGGACACUGGUGAAGUCUUUCUUUAAACGCCUGUUGACUGAUACCAGAAAAGUCUUAAGUCUUGUCCAAAAAAGUAAAAAAAAAACAAAAGAUGAAACAUGUCCCACCAAAAGGGGAGAAAAGGGAAUUCAGCUGAAUGAGGGGAUUGAAUAAAAAGAAUAUCAUCCAAAGCAUGACCAUAUAGCAACAUAAAUCCGAUGAAAUGAAGAGUCUCUGAUGAUGGUCCUUUCCUGUCUUUAAAUCUAUUUUUUUUUAAAUAGGCAAAUUGGAUGUGUUUUUAUUGUGUCGGGGAGAAUUUGUGACAUUUGAGUUGAUCUGUCAUUAGAAGGUUGAUCCAUUGGUUCUGUGAAAGCAUUACAAGAAUUGAAGGAACAAAGGAAAUUUCUUUUUGAACCAAGCUAUGUCUAUAUUUCCUCAUGUUUAAUUCUGUUUCCUGCAGUGACUUUAAAUCGGUAAUUAAAGUUUCACUUUGGGAGGCAGUCAAAGCCUCCGUUUGUUGCUGCAUAGCUCGACUCCACUUGGUGUGAAAGUCGUGACUCCACCUAAGUUUCAGUUUUCUGAGUCUCUGAUUUGAAAUGGUAGCUGGUUGUAAAUUGUUGCGCUUCUUUCUUUGUUCCUCCGAGCAGGUUUUGGAGGACUCAGCGUGAGGCACGGGGAGAGGAACCAGUCAGUGCUUUGUAAAAUCAUGUUUCAAACAGGAAUCAUAAUAAUUAUGACUUCAUUUUCCCAACAUACAGUAUGAGGCGUUAACGAAGCAGUGGUUCAGUCAUCCAAGCACAUCUCCACGUGCGUCUUUACGCACACAGCCAUCCACAGCAGGGAAUACUUCCUAGAACGUCCAGUUAUUCCGUUUAACUAAAAUAAAAUAAAAUUUUAAAAAAGUGAGGAAGUGACUUGUUUUGGUGAGGACCCAGCUUAGUUUAACCACCGCACUGCGUUUUCUUACGAUGUGAUUUCUAAUUGGAGACUUUAUUUCCGAGGAUGUUCAGACCAGGGUUGAACUGUGCUUCUGCUCUACGUUUAUUGGUGUAACUAUUUGCAACAUGUAUUUGUAAAUAUGACGACGACAGAUCUCUAAUUGUGAAUAAAGAAAAUUUUAUCACAU